AUGUCUAAAACUAAACUAGCACCAGUUAAAGUGAUUUCCCUGCCUAAACUUGAAUUAUGUGCCGCUCAUCUGUUAGCCAAACUAGUCGCAAUUGUCAUCGAGAAACUAUUACCCUUAGUUAAAUCAAUCUUCUGCUGGUCAGACUCACAAAUUGUUUUGUCUUGGCUUCAAGGUCAUCCUUCAAGAUGGAAACCAUUUGUAGCAAACCGCAUAAGUGAAAUUCACUUAAUUUUAAAAGAUGUUUCUUGGUCGCAUGUUUGUUCCGAACAUAACCCUGCUGACUGUGCAACACGAGGUUUCAAGGUUGAAGAACUUCGAAAUUCAACUUUAUGGUGGUCAAAAUUCGAGAAUAGUAAUGAAGACACUCAAAUCAACCUGUUACAAGAAAAUCAAGUUCCUGAUCUACUCACAAGAGUUUCAUCACUAUCCAAACUCAUUAGAACAACUGCAUACUGCUUCCAUUUUGCUAAGAAAUUGUUAAAUCAAGAUACUGAUUUUCCAACAUACCUUACUUCCGACGAACUAAAACAUUCUGUUGAAGUCUGGAUUAAACUAAUCCAAAAGGAUUAUUUCUCUGAUACUAUAACCGCUCUAGACUUCAAUCGACCUUUGUCUACUAAAAGUUCUCUUAUAAAGCUCACUCCAUUUUUAGAUCAAAACUCAGUUCUUCGAGUAAAGGAUCGUUUAGAAAACUCUUUUUUUUCUUACGAUGAAAAACAUCCGACUAUUUUGCCUAAAAAUUCUCGAUUUUCAGAACUUCUUGUCUUGCAAGCUCACCAUGAAGCUUUACAUUGUGCACGAUUCCGUGCAGCAACUCCCACUCAACUUAUGGGUCAAUUACCAGCUGAGAGAAUCACGAUCUGUAAGCCGUUUACUUUCACUGGUCUUGAUUAUGCUGGACCUUAUUACGUUAUUACUUCCAAAGGUCGAGGCAUUAAAUCUACCAAGGGGUAUAUUUGUUUAUUCGUUUGCCUUUGCUCCAGAGCCAUUCAUCUGGAACUAGUCUCGGAUCUUGAGACUCAGACUUUCCUGGUGGCAUUUAAACGAUUCAUUUCUCGCCGUGGUAAAUGUGUUAAGGUUUUUAGCGACAAUGAUAGAAAUUUCGUGGGUGCCGAAAGAGAGUUAAAAGUACUAUUUUCUGGUGCAAAGAGCAUCUUUCCCAAAAUUGCUGAAUCACUCGCCAACCAAGAAAUUACAUGGUCCUUUAUACCACCACAUUCUCCACAUUUCGGUGGAAUUUGGGAAGCUGGAAUCAAGUCUGUUAAGUAUAACUUACGACGAGUAAUUGGCGAGACGCGACUUACUUUUGAGGAGAUGACUACUGUCUUAUGUCAAAUUGAAGCCUGUCUCAAUUCUCGCCCCCUCUACCCUAAUACCUCUGAUCCGCAAUCUGUUUCAGCUAUCACUCCUGGUCAUAUACUCAUAGGAGGGCCUAUUUCUGCAGUUCCAGAGCCAACACAUAACGACAUCACUCUUGAGCCUAAUAAGCGCUGGAAGCUAUUAACAAAAAUAAGAGACGACUUCUGGACAAGGUGGUCCCAAGAGUACCUUCACCUUUUGCAGCAGAGAUCUAAGUGGUUGGUCCAAACAGAUGCUGUCAAGGUUGGAGAACUGGUUCUGAUCAAGGAAGAUCAUCUACCUCCAACUCAAUGGUUGAUGGGUCGUAUUGAUCAGUUACAUCCCAGACGUGACGGUUUAUCAAGAACAGCCACGAUUAGAACAGCUACGUCUUGCUACAAACGAGCAUUUUCAAAGUUGGCGAUUCUUCCUGUUUCAGAUAACAACGACGAUAAAUAA